CUACAAGGCACAGCAAGGCCCCAGACCUUUUCUGCUCCUGAUACCCUAGCAUGUCUUCUUCCAGGCCCCCACCUCCAUAAGACUGGAAGGCACCCAACCUGCUCUAAGUAUAUCCUGGGGAACUUUAGAAAAGGCAUUCCCAUGCCACCUCACCCGCUUAGAACCUUAAAGUCAGAUCUCUUCCCCAGCACCUCUAGCUGGCCUGAAAAUAGGCAGACUCAUACCUGUGUCUGAGUCCACAGAGGGAGCUUGCUGCCAGACUGUGUUACUUUGACAGUGAGUGAGCUGGCCACUGCACCAUCUGGUCUACCCCAGUCCAAGAGUGCAGGCAGCCCCAGGCCCUCCUGCUGGUGAGACCCCUGAGGACAGAAUCCUGGCCAUCCAAAGGACCAUGCCCUCCUUACUGCUGUGGUCUGUCCUAAGGCAGAAGCCUCCUCCGCUGAGAGGAAGCAAGGCCCUAACUGAGGGCCAGGCAAGCCCGUAAACACCCCCACAUUCUGCUUCAAACAGGGCCCUCAAUGUGUUACUCCAGUGUACUGCCUCCUGCCUGAAUGGUGCCCACUGGAGUCGUGCAGGGCCUAGGUGCCAUGCCUAUAAGUGGUGAUCUUGGCUGAAAAUUCAAGGGAGGCUGCCCCCGAAGUGGGCAGCAGUUAUGAGAUGCAGCAGAGCACACUUUUCAUGUCUUAGCCUCCUGUCCCCCAGGGCCUGUGGAACUUGCACACAGCCCCCAGCAGCAGCAGCAGUCUGACUUCAGUCCACAGCACUGCGUGAAACUCCCUCACAAACACUGUGGUUCUGAGCUCUGGCUAUAUGCCAGGAUCACCUGUGCAAAUCUGAAAAAUUAUACCUUCGUACCAUGAGAUUGAUUCAGAUCUGGGGUGGAGCCCGGAUGUGGGUAGUUCUUAAAGGUCCCCAUGACUCUGGAGCAUAGCUUGGGUACAGCUGGUCCGUACAUGUUCCCUGAGCCCUCUCAUCCCCACCCACAACCGCCAAUUUCGUGUCAUUUGGUCAACAGUGUUUCAAAGAUUGCCAUCACCAGCCCAUUUCUCUUCAUUUUGUUCCAGGCUACAAAAUUCAGCUGCUUCCUGAACAUUCCCACUUAGGAAAAUCCACAGGCCUUUCCAACUCAACAUGUCCAAUGCUACAUUCAUAAGCUCCCACCUCUUCCCCAGGGAGUCUUGCUUCCCAGAAUGCUUCCCCUGUACCUGGUCACCCAGGCCAAAGCUAAAGGCACACCUCUGUCCCUCCAAUUCCCUCACCCCACCUGAAUAGGCACUGAAUUUUCAAAAGGGUGCAUGGGGGAUUGGGCCUGGGUGCCCCCUGGCUUCCCACGACCUUGCUCAAGCCUCAUCCUCUCUCCCCUGAGGAAGGGUUAAGGGUGACAGCUGACUUGCCACCUCUCCUGUCUUGCCUGUCUCCAACCAUCCUUCCCACUGCAGCUAGUAUGCAGCUAGUAAUCCUCGAAAAUGCAUCUCUGACCUGCUCAGAAUCCUUCAGUGGUCCUGGCAUCUGGGAUAAAGCCAGCCUCUUCAGCCUGAACUUUCCAGCCAUGUUACCACCCAAACCCCAGCCCGCCUACCAAAUUACCAGAACUAGGCAACUGAAAUGCCACCCUCCCCUCAUAUUUAAAGCCUCGGUUCCUAUUUUCCCACUCUGUUACUCUCCCCUUUUUCAGUCCUCACUUCCAUUUCCUCAUGGCCAUGGCUAUGCUGCCAGACCAAGGUGUUCACCUGCGUCUCUCUGAGUCCCGACCAGCUUCGGAGGUGAGCAACGGGAGGACUACAGCGCAGAGCGUCGCCGCUCCGAGGCGGGCGAGCAAUCUGCAGAGAGAUAAACCAGCAGGAGGUCCCGCCAGCCAGGACCCCCGAGUCUGCAGCCUAGCGGGCCGUGGCCAAGGCAGGGACCCGCCUGUCCCUCCUUCCCCGCCCUCGCUUGCUCUCUCCCGCCCUCGGUCCAGCCUCCCAGCUCUCCACUUCGCGUGACUACAAACUCCGAACUCCCAGUUUGCAUGCCUCUCCGCCGCCUUCCUUUUCCACUCUUUUCAUCUGCGGGUCCCCUCCUAGCGUCUACCCCAGACCUUGGGGGACGUAGCCAGGCAGUGGUGACCAAGUCCAGCGGGGAGAGCGGCCAGGUGAACCCAGAAAGGUGGGGCGGGGCGGGGGCGCUCUGGGCCCCACCCCGGGAUCCGGUGACGCCGGGGCUGGAAUUUGACACCAGACGGCGGGCAGGAGGCUGCUGAGGGAUGGAGUUGGGCUUGGCCCCCGGACACGGCCCGCGGGCUCCGCCAGCAGCAAGUCCCUCGGGCCCCAGCGCUCACUUCGACGCGGGCUCAGAGGCCCGCACCCGAGGGCACAGACUGGUUGCCAAGGCUGCACUUUUGGCUAAAAGAGGCACUGCCAGGUGCACAGCCCUGGGCAUGAGCCAUUUGAGCUUCGGGGGAAAGCCCAGCACUGGUCCCAGGAAAGGUGCCUAGAAGAACACAGUGCAGGACCCCCGUGCUGCCUCAAGAGGAGGGUGGGGGAACAGGUCAACAAAGGCUGAUGGGAGCUCCUGGUGUUGAUAGAGAUGGAACUUGGACUUGGAGGCCCUACUGUGCUGCCCUACUGCCCCUGGCCUAGGCCGCAGCCAGCCCUGUGGCCAACACUGGCCGCUCUAGCCCUGCUCAGCAGCGUCACGGAGUCCUCACUGGGCCCUGAGGCCCGCAGUUCCGCCACUCGCGAAGGCCCCGCGCCGGUCCUGGCGCCCCCCACCGGCCACCUGCCGGGUGGACGCCUGGCCCAUAUGUGCGGCGGAAGAACCCGCCGGCCACCGCCGCAGCCUUCCCGGCCUGCGCCCCUUCCCGUGUCCCCUUCCCUGCCAGCUUCACCCCGCGGAGGACGCACAGCGCGUGGAGGGGCCCGAGGCAGCCGCGCGCGGGCUGCGGGGGCACGGGGCUGCCGCCUGCGCUCACAGCUGGUUCCGGUGCGCGCCCUGGGCCUGGGCCACAGCUCCGAUGAGCUGGUGCGUUUCCGCUUCUGCAGUGGCUCCUGCCGUCGUGCGCGUUCCCCGCAUGAUCUCAGCCUGGCCAGUUUACUGGGUGCAGGGGUUCUUCGGCCGCCGCCAGGCUCCUGGCCGGUCACCCAGCCCUGCUGCCGGCCCACUCACUAUGAAGCCGUCUCCUUCAUGGAUGUCAACAGCACCUGGAGGACCGUGGACCGCCUCUCAGCAACUGCCUGCGGCUGCCUAGGCUGAGAGCUCUCUUCAAGAUCUUGUGGACUGGACUCUUACACGUGCACCUGCCUGUGGCCCUCCUGCAGGGUCCUACUGGCCAGGAGCCUCAGCCAGUGAUGGAAGCCUCAGACCUGACGGACACGGUCCCGGAGAGGAGGAAGGGUAACUGGACUGACCAUCAGCUUCAAGGUGCUCACCCUGGAGAUCCCGCCCUACAGACACCAGAGACCUCAGCUAGGAGACCUUCACACCCACCUCUCAUAGACUCUGGUACUGGCCAGGCCUGGGACUUGAGUCACCUCUAGGGAAUGCAGCAGUGGCCCAGGCCCUGGGGGGAUGGAAUUUGAAGGACACACAUUGUAGUCCUUGGCUGAAAGUGCCUGUGCUGGAGAUGGUCUUAUCCUUACUGAUGGGAGCUGGAUCCCUAUUUAUUAUUUCUAAGUUAUUUAUUUACUUUA